UUUAGACAGUUAUAGUGCUUAUGCAAUUCUAUGCAGGUACGACUUGUUUUGACUGAAAGUGGCUUGCAUACAUUUGCUGCGCCCAAGAAGCAUGUACACAUUUCGAUAUGCACUUACUUCAUUAUCCUACGGCCAUUGAAGGUAAGCAGGAACUUGCAUUUAGUGGCUUUUUUCGUCUUACAUAUACCAUAUCAUCUCCUCAUCUUCGCGUAAAUAGCCGUGAUUUGUACAUCUAUACAUGUGUAUAUAUACAUAUACAUUGUAUGAUGACCAUCUUUUACGCCACACGGUGUGUUUAUACAAUGAAAACAUAUGUAAUCAGUUUUCCGUAACUCGAUCGAUCUAUAGAAUAACAUGUAAGAGCAAUGUAAUGCUAUGCUAUGUGUAAAGC